AUGCAGGCAGCCGUAGCCCGACGUGCCUUGAGUUCGCUCGCCUCCAAAAUCCACCCACAGCUACCGCUCACUCCGCGGGAGAGCCAGCAGUUGCUUAAUCUCCUCACCACCUCGUUCAGAUCCCACCUCGACCGCGAGUACCCCGCCGGGCCGUCAGAGGCGCCACCUGCGAGCACCACCACCCAGCUUGUCAAGGUAGAACAGUCCAGGCGUCUGUCAUCGUCGUAUGAUUCGGCCUCCGAGCACAUCGACUCGAUCCUCUCGAACCCGCUGUUUGCGAGGAAACCAUCCCGGAGAGGAUCCGAUUCCGCUGCAGCAAAUGCGCUGAACGAUCCUUUCGCCUGGUUCCUAGACCAGGCGGCUAUCGGCACAGCCGACAUUCCGAAGGCUGCGUUGUGCCUCGACCUAUUACAAAGAGCUCAGAACAAAACAAAGGGGCGCAGAGGGUCAAUAUCAAAUGGCGAUCGGAGGCCGGCGUCAGUGAUUGCAGAAUGGCUGCGUACGAGCGGCGAGGAGACCUCGAAAGCAUUCUUGAUCAGCCAAUUACCUGCCAAAGGUGCUCCUAGGAGAAGCCUUGUUAACAGACUGGUCCCAUUAUUACUCACCGAAGGUAACCACGCUCCGUUAUGGCGCUGGUAUACCUAUGAGCCGGAAGAGGGCGAUAUGCUCAAUCAAGCUCAAUUAUCACCGUUCAAGUGCCAACUGCUGAAAGAGAUGGUCAACGGGGCGCGAACUCGCGAUGAAGCAUUCGCAAUCUUCCAGCACGCAUUCCAAUUGGCUGAGGCUGGCAAGAACAAGGCCUAUGUUAACAGCCUUCAAGUAGCUGGAGCCCGACUCGUGGACCUGAUCGUCGCCGAUUCUCAGAUUCCAUGUACACCGGAACUUUACGAACAAUUUGCGCUGUCUACCCAUGGAUGGUUAUUUGCGUGGAAGCCUGUUGUACAAGCGAUGCUUUGUCUGUGCCAUCCCACGAAUCCUGAUCCCCAGCCCGCACUCAAGAUCAUCAAGAAUGCAGACAGCUUCCUUGCGUCUACCCAUUCAAAGCCAAGUAGACAAAGAUUUUUUGUGCGGAUGUGCCUAGGAGCCGCACAGCAAUUAAUCAAAGAAGAGAAGCUGGCGGAUGCGCAGAUUGCUAUGCAGUUCACAAAGGAGCAUUUUGAAGAUUUGGUGUUGAUCAAGUAUCAUUCCAGCGCUCCUCACCAGACAAACCGGGGGGUCUCAGAGCAGAAGAAAACCCAAGACGAGAAAAGGAAUAUUGCGCUGCUGGAUGGCUUCUUGGCCACAUGA